CGCACCUCGGCUCCACCGCCGCACACCGCGAGAGCGAGACAGAGCUGCAAGACGCCGCCGCUCAGGAACUAGGAAGAGCGAAGCCUCUCCCCCUCGCGCGUGUGUGCAUUUGCGCGCGCGCGCCACCGAGUCGCCGCCGUCACCGGACCCCGACUUCGAAGGAUGUGCUGCUCUACACGACAGUGAAAGAGCGCCGUGCCAAGCCGUGUCGACCUUCGCGAUAGACGUGAAAAGCGACGCCGCACACUCGCGUAUUCUACACCUCUGGCGGCGCGUGCGUGUGCGAGCGAUAAUGGCGUAUGGGGUCGCCGGCUGCUGCUUGCCUGACUGACUAUCUCUCCACCGUACCUCCUUCCGCACACGCGCCACGUUCCUCUUACGUAUUCCAGCGACAAGUGAAGCCGAUAAAAAGCAAUAAUGGGAACGCUAAUGGGUUUGGAGGAACAGGUACUGGACUACUCGAAGCCCGACCCAGAGGCGAAGAGUCGUACAGCAGCGUAAAGACAUGGACUCGUACGACCUAUUCGGCGAGGAUGUCAGUGGAUCGAUGCUCGAUGCUCUUCCCGAUCUCGGGGGUUCAGAUCACUUUGACCCGACCACAGCCGCAGCAGCCAGCAGCGCCGCCAGCUCUGUAGUGCCUAGAGACCCAGCAGCGCAGAACUCCGGCCCCAAUGGAGGAGGGAGUUACAUUAGCCAGUCGUACGCCUCGAUUAAUCAGGAAUCUCCCUUGCAAAAAUUAAGCUCUUUCGGUGGAUCUGACUUUGGCGCCGCAGCCGCCGCCGCCGCCGCCGCCGCAGCCAGUCAGCAGCAGCAGCAACAGCAGCAGCAGCGCGUCACUAACGCCAUGUACAACCAGAACCUAGGGCCCUAUGAGCCGGGCCCCCCGAGGCCCCAGCCGGGUGGGCCUGCGGGCAUGGUGCCCGGUCCGGCCGGCUAUCCUGGGCAGUCGCGCGGUGCCAUGGGCCCUGGACCCGGGCCCGGGCCUCAGCAGCAGCAGCGCGGCCCGCCCCAACAGCAGUCGCAGUACGCCGGUUACAGCGACAGCAUGUAUUCGAUGGAGCAGCAUUCUAUGCAGUCUCGUGGCAUGGACCCGAUGCAGGGCUGGCCUGGCCAAGGCUACGCCAGCCCCCAGAUACAGAGGCAUUACAGCCAAAUGAUGCAGCCGCAGCCGCCUGCGGCCGCUUACCGCCAGCACGGCAUGCCCUCGCAGUAUGAGCAGCAGCAACAGCAGCAACAGCAGCCCAAGAUGCAGCCACAACAGCACUCGCCCCAGCAACAGCAUUACUCGCAACAGCAGGCGGGCAUGCUGGCCCAAAUGGGCGUGCCCCACCAGGCGAUGCAAACUCCUGCAGGCGCCUAUCAGCAGCAGCACUUGGCCGGCCAGCAGCAGCAGCACUACCAGCAGCAGAGCCAGGCCUCCAUGGCAAGCUACGCGGCCUCGGCGGGCUACCUGGGCUUCGGCGCCUCCAUGCAUCAGCAGCCCCAGGCACCCCAGCAGCAGCCUCAGCGUAUGCCUCCUCAUCAUCCGUCCCAUUCGACUCACCAGCCGCACCCUUCGCACCCGCAGUACCCGCCCAUGGGCCAGCACGCACAGCACUCGGUGCCGCAGUCGCAGCAGCAGCAGCAGCAGCAGCCUAUUGACCCGCAGUAUCCUCAUCAUUCCUCGCAAAUGUUCAACCAGCCACAGCAUCCUGGUCCGACCUCGCAGUACGGUCCGACAAAGCACGCGACCAGCCCGCAGUACAGGGCCGCGCUGCCACAGCUGUCUCCGCAAAUGUCUCCCAGGCCGCAGAUGUCUCCACGGCCACCGGCUGUGCAGCAGCAGAUGUCUCCUAGACCUAUCAUGUCGCCCGCGAAACCGAGCACGCUAUCUCCGCAUCCUCAUGUACAGCUUCCCCAUCAGCAGCAACAGCAGCCCCAGCCGGUGUCCGUUUCCCCUUGCCCGCCCACGUCGAUACCGAUGAAUUCUGCCGCCACGACGCAACAGACCACUUUGCAAGCUCUUGAGCAAAUGGUCAUACCUGGCUCCAGCCCUAAUGUGCCCUCUCAAGACUACGGCCAGUACCAGUCACGGCCACCCAUGUCUCAUGCGCCAAAUCUCCUACCGACCUCACAAAGCCCCAUGGGACCAAUGGUCACGGGGCCGCGCAUGCCGAUGCCCUCGCAGUGGCCUCCGCAGCCCCAUCAGCCGCAACCUCAGCCUCAGUCGCCGCAGAUAAGGCCGCAAAUAAGUCUGAGUGACGCUCGAGGCAUGAUGGAGCCUCAUCAUCAGCAGUCGCAACAGCAACAGCCACCUGCUCCGCCAAUCGUAUCUGAGCAGAGUGCGCCGCCACUUUACCCCAUGAACGGUAACGAGAGCAUUCAUGGCGUUGUUGAAACGGCAUCAAGAGAGCCCCCCGACAUACAUCAGAAUUCGAUUCACUCGCUCCCACAUCCGCCGACCGUUUCGGAAUCGGAUCUCUCGGAUUCGUCGCUAUUGCAUCAACAUCAGCAACAUCAACAGCAACAACAUACACACCAACACCUUCAACAUCAACUUCAAGUACAGCAACCAUCACAACAGCAACAUCAUUCGCAGUCACACUCGCAACAGCAUCAAUCGCACCAACUGCAUCAAGCAGUCACGAGCCUACCCAGUCAGGUAAUGGGCAAUCAAGAUUUGCUGAGCCAACAACCGCAGCAGCAGCCACAGCAACAAGAAAGUUCAAUUCACGGCACUUCACAAGUCAAUUCGUCGUCAAUGGACACGGUGUCCAUCCCUCCAGCGCACAUCGAGCCAGUACAAUCGUUACCUGCCACUAGCACUAGUAAUAAUUCCGAAUGUAGCACGUCGAUACUACAGCAGCAACAACAAUCAGUCGCCAGCUCGUCGCCAAUCCCAAGCUCGAUUCUUGAACCUGAGACCAACAAAAUACCUGAUCUACAGACAAGUGAUCAAACGAUUGAUCAAACGAGCUCCUCUCAGCAACAACAAUCCACGUGCUCGACGCCACCACUCAGUCAACAGCAAUCGCAAUCGCUCAUAGGCAGUCAGCCACCAGUGUCGCAAAUAAGCAUGGUUCAGUCGCAAAUGUCGUUACCGCAGACCACUCAACCCCAAGUCAGUGAACAGCAAGUUAUCAGCCAGCAGCAACAACAAAUGCAACCAGUCAGUCAAGUCCCUCCAUCUCAGACAGCAGUAUUAGGGCAACCAGUGCAGCCCAUCGCAACGUCGCAAGCUCAAACGCAAAUCGACACAUUACAGACACCGCAAGUAAAUGUUUUGUCACAGAGUAACACGCCGGUCAGUCCGUUGCAAGCAUCGAAUCAGCCGCUUAUCUCUGAUCAGGUGACCGAUGCAAUAUCCAGUCAAAAUUCGCAGAGUCAAUCAAUGGAAGUUCAGUCAUCUGAGGUACCAAACCAAGUACAAAGCCAAAUUAGUCCAGAUCAGUCGACGCAAAAUCAAGCACCAAGUCAAGUGCCGACUCCCACGUCGCAGAAUCAAGCGGAUCCAACUCAGGUUGGCCCAACCCAGGAACAAUCUUCUCCACAAUUAUCUUCUGCGGCAACGACACCUACUGCUCCUCAACCUAUCGUUUCUCUGACGUCGGCACCUAUAACCAAUAAUAUGUACUCAAACGAUAUUGCACCUCAAGUUUACCCACCAAGUGACACUAAUGCCAUGGUCAACAGUACAGGUAUGACCAACGUUGAUUUUAUAUCACAAACUACGCCUGUGGGGUACACCAAUCCGAUGGUGCCCGUGUCCCAUCAACAAGAGAGAGCGGCUCUUCAACAGCAAUUGCAAGAACUCUACUGCAUGCCACCAGCACCAGAUGUUCAAGAUAAAAUUGUCACUAUCCAAGAGAAGCUGCAGGCUCUACAGCAACAUGAAACCAAUGAUCAAUGCAACGGUGGGACUCAAUGUAUUUUGCAACAAUCUUCCUUGUUUACUGGUCCAGCUAUUGUCGAUAGCCCCCAAGUAUCGAGCACAACGGGCAGAGGACGCAGCAAAGCUACAUCGAGAUCAAAAAAGAAUCGAAAGAAGGCGGAUAAAGAGGCCGCUCUUCCGGUACAGCCGAUGACGCAGUCUGAACAGGCUGAAUCUGAGAAUCUAGUCACUCCGGUGGACAGUAGCAAUAUCGUUGACAGCGCAGCCGAUUCAGUUGAAGAUAUGAAGCCAGAUGGUGGUGAAGGAGAAGAAGAGUGGCCUAUAAAAGGGAAAAAGGCAAGACCGCCGCGGAAACCGAGAAAACCGAAGGAGCCAAAAGAGCCAAAGGAACCAAAAAUUAAAAAGGAAAAGGAAGUAAAGGUUGUCAAAGAGACCAAAAUUACCAAGGAAUCAAAAUCUAAAAAGAAAAAAGACAAAGAUACCACGCCAAAGCGCAGCAAAAGAAAGACGAAAUCCGAAUCAGGAGACGAUGAAACAAAACUUGAGAAUGAGGAAAUUGCUGAUUCAACUAAAGAUUCUGAAGGAAAGCCAGCAUCCACAGAUGAGGACAACGAACAAGUCGAUUCCUCAACAAACGAACUUACCAUAUCGGAAUCGAAACAGGAUGCUGAAGAAAAGUCAGAUACAGAAAAAGCUGUCGUUGACGAGGAUAAAAAAGAUGGCCAAGAUAGUCAAGCAGCUGAUACACCAGCAGCAAAGAAAAAACCCCCCAGUCGGAAACGGCCUAGUAAAAGUUCCUCUUCAAAAUCUCCUAGAAGUUCAAAGAAACGUAAGAGCCGCAUAGCCCCAGAUUCCGAUGGAGAAGAAUUGGCAACGACGCCUCCUCCGUCGCCUGAGGCUGCUGAUGAUAACAAAAGACGAUCUGCUAGAAAUACUCAUCGCAAAAAGUACGUAGACGAUGUAAUGCUUCGAUUUUCAGACGACGAAUUGCCCAAUCAAGACGGACAAGGUAAAAAAUCUGAUGGCUCUACUAAACCUUCAUCUGAUAAAAAACCUGGUGAAGGCGGCGAAGUUAUCCCCAAUAAGCCCAACUUUGUAUAUAUUAAUACUACCGAUGAAGAUUCAAUGGUUGUGCAACACAUUUUAUGCUCACGAAUGGGAAAAAGAGAAGUGAAGCCUGAAAUACCUCCUGUUCUAGAAGUUCCAUCCGAAAAAUCUGAGGAACUGAAAAAAUGCGAAGGGAAACAGGAUGAAGAUAUAAAGAGAGAUGAUGAAUCGAGGGACAAUAUCGUUUCCGAUCCAGAAAAAGAUAAGGGUAAAGACGAGGAUGACAAAACUAAGAGUGAAGAAUGUGAAGAAUUAAAGAUAAAUAGUGAAGUUAAAAGCGAAAAGAAAGAUGGUGCCAAUCUCGAAGAAAAUAAGAAAGAGGCUAAAGAGGAAUAUUUAAAUGAUGCAUUGUCCGCUGAUGACGCCGAUAAAGUAGAUGAUAAAUCCAAAAUUGAAUCAUUAGAUCAAAAGCAAAUGAUCGAAGUUGAGGAAUAUCUGGUAAAGUACAGAAAUUUUUCGUAUUUGCAUUGCGAAUGGAAAACUGAAGAAGAAUUAUAUAAAGGUGAUAAGCGAAUACAGGCUAAACUAAAAAGAUUUCAACAAAAAAAGCAACAAAGCACAAAUAUAUUUGAAAAUACGGAAGAUGAUCCAUUCAAUCCAGACUUCGUAGAAGUUGACAGAGUACUUGAUGAAGCUAUUCACACUGAUCCCACGACAGGUGAAACUGUCAAACAUUAUUUGGUUAAGUGGCGUUCGUUACAAUAUGAAGAAUGUACGUGGGAGUUAGAAGAAGACGUGGAUCCCGAAAAAAUUGAACAGUUCCAUAAAUUUAACAAAGUCCCUCUGAAAGAUCAGUGGAAGCCAAAAAAGAAACCAUCCGCGUCUCAAUGGGUAAAAUUAGAAGAAUCUCCAGUUUAUAAAGGUGGCAACAGCUUGAGGCCGUAUCAAUUAGAAGGUCUUAAUUGGCUACUUUUUUCUUGGUACAACUCUCAUAAUUGUAUAUUAGCAGAUGAAAUGGGUCUGGGUAAAACUAUACAAUCAUUGACCUUUGUAAAUGAAGUAUACAAAUACGGCGUUCGAGGACCGUUUUUAAUAAUUGCACCGCUCUCGACAAUUCCUAAUUGGCAGCGAGAAUUUGAAUCUUGGACUGAUAUGAAUGUUAUUGUUUAUCAUGGAUCUGCUGCUAGUCGGACAAUGAUAUCUGAAUAUGAAGUUUAUUAUAAAAAUGAUAAAGGCCAGCAAAUCAAAGAUCUGAUUAAAUUCAAUGUUCUCAUUACAACUUUUGAAAUUAUAAUAACUGAUUUUAAUGAGCUGAAAGGUUACAAUUGGCGAAUAUGCGUUAUAGAUGAAGCCCAUAGAUUGAAAAAUAGAAAUUGUAAAUUACUUGAAGGUCUUAGACAACUAAAUCUAGAGCACAGGGUUCUUCUUUCCGGUACUCCGUUGCAAAAUAACGUAAACGAAUUGUUUUCAUUACUCAAUUUCCUAGAACCAACGCAGUUUGCGAGCAGCGAUGCUUUCUUAAAAGAGUUUGGUAAUUUAAGCAGUGAAGAUGAAGUUCACAAACUACAAGUUCUCUUGAAACCAAUGAUGCUGCGAAGAUUGAAAGAAGAUGUGGAAAAGUCACUUGCUCCAAAGCAAGAGACCGUUAUUGAAGUAGAAUUAACAAAUAUACAAAAGAAAUAUUACAGAGGUAUUCUCGAAAGAAAUUUUUCAUUUCUUGCCAAGGGUACCACUUCAGCCAAUCUUCCUAAUUUAAUGAAUACCAUGAUGGAGUUAAGAAAAUGCUGUAUACAUCCAUUUUUACUUAAUGGAGCCGAAGAUCAAAUCCAACUUGAUUAUAAAGACGUAAAAGAGGAUUCAGAUGCUUAUCACCAAGCUUUAGUUAAUAGUUCUGGUAAAAUGGUUCUUAUUGAUAAAUUGUUGCCAAAAUUAAAGGCUAGUGGUCAUAGAGUAUUGGUAUUCAGUCAAAUGGUCAAAUGCCUUGAUCUUUUAGAAGACUACUUGCUCUACAAAAAAUAUCCUUAUGAACGAAUUGAUGGACGCAUUCGAGGAAAUUUAAGACAAGCUGCUAUAGAUCGCUAUUGUAAACCUGACUCGGAUAGAUUUGUAUUUCUUCUUUGCACGAAAGCAGGUGGCCUUGGCAUCAAUCUUACAGCAGCCGAUACUGUAAUUAUUUACGACAGUGACUGGAAUCCUCAAAACGAUCUCCAGGCUCAAGCUAGAUGUCAUAGAAUAGGUCAGUCAAAAAUGGUUAAAGUCUAUCGGCUUUUAUGCCGCAAUACUUACGAGAGAGAAAUGUUUGAUAAAGCAUCUUUGAAAUUGGGAUUGGACAAAGCAAUAUUACAAUCAAUGAAUACCAGUCAAGGUGGCAAGGAUCCAAAUAACAAAGCAUUGACAAAGAAAGAAAUUGAAGACUUGCUCAAGAAAGGAGCUUAUGGUGCCAUCAUGGAUGAUGAUAAUGCUGCUGACAAAUUUUGCGAGGAAGAUAUCGAUCUGAUCCUAGCUAGGAGGACACAGAUCAUCACCAUUGAAGCUGAAAAGGGUUCUACUUUUUCAAAAGCAAGCUUUGCAUGUUCAUCAAAUAGAUCUGACAUAAAUAUUGAUGAUCCAGAUUUUUGGAAAAAAUGGGCGAAGAAGGCUGAAAUUGACACGACCGAGAAGAAAGAGGAAGAUGACUUGGUUUUGUCUGAACCAAGAAGAAGGACUCAAAUCAAACGAUAUGGUCACGAUGAAUCGGUUGUUGAUAUGUCGGAACUUGAUAGUUCCGAGGAUAGUGAUGAUGAAAUAGGCAUUGGCCUGUCGGGCAAGAAACGCAAUCGAGAUAAGCUCAACAAAAAAUCUCGUAAAUUCUAUGACGAGUAUGUGCCACGCGAGGGAGAAGUAGUGUACGGCAAUUGGGCCCGUAGCGAAUGCUUCAAAGUUGAGAGAGGACUGCUGACUUUUGGAUGGGGACGUUGGGAAGAGAUUCUACAGCAUAGUCAAUUACGUCGCGGGUGGACUGAGGCUGAUAUUGAAGACUGUGCUCGAGUGAUCCUGGUUUAUUGUCUGCGUUAUUAUCGUGGCGACGAGAAGAUCCGUAAUUUCAUUUGGGAUCUAAUAACGCCGCUGGAAAAUGGAGAGAAAGCAAAGAACGUGCAGGUGAAUCAAGGUGCGUCUAGCAAUCGAAAUAGCAGACAGCAACAACAGCAAAAGAAAAAAAGCAGUAGAGUACGUGAAACUAGAGGAUCAACUAAUGCCAGCAGCAAUAAUGGCCCCGCCGAUCCUAAUCACUGGAGUCAUGCCGAAAAAUAUGAUGGUGACAUAUUUCUUGAGAGUACAUACAAAAAGCACUUGAGUCGACACGCCAACAAAGUCUUGCUGCGAGUGAGGAUGCUCUAUUAUAUUAAACACGAAAUAAUCGGAGAUUUGGUACAGCACAUUAACGACGGUGUGCACGUGAGUGCGUUGCGGCUAAACCUGCCACAAUUGCCAGAGAAGCCAGUCAAGUGGUGGGAUUCGAUGGCCGACAAGUCCCUAGUCGUGGGCUGCUACAAACACGGCUAUGAGAGUUUCGACCAGAUGAGGAGUGAUCCCACGCUCACAUUCAUAAAAAGCUGCCCGCUCCCUCCCCAGAUCGAUAAUAAGUCCAAGGAUGAUUCCGGUAUGGAUAUAAGCGAGCUCGAAGAAGGCGAGUCCUCGGGCAUCGGCAAAGACUCGCUAGCGAAUUCACCGUCGGUGUCAGCGAAUAAGGCUGACAAUGAAGCUGGUUCUAGUGGAGUUCAAGACGGUCUGGAAAUUAUCGCGGACGAUGAAAAAAAUUGGCCGAGCGUCGUUGAUAUGAACACGCGUUUGAGACGAGUUAUAACGUCUUAUCAAAGGAACAUCAAUAAAAAAGAGGACAUAAAAACAUCCAUUAUGUCGAAUAAUAAAGUCGGCCAGGAUAUCAAACUCGGUAACCACCAGGGCAUUCCGACUAUGGAUUCCCCUCUGAAUGUCCAAAAUUGGGAUUUGCAAAAGCUAGCUAUGUAUCUUUUGAAGAUGGAGAGAAAGGAAAAGAUGGAACAAAUGGUCAAGGAGCGCGAAAGGACACGCUUGGAGGAGCACAAAGCCAAAUGGUCGAGGCGGGAAGAAAGCGAAUUUCUUCGCGUUGUUUCCACUUACGGCGUCAAUUAUGACAGAAAGAAAGCGCAAUAUGAUUGGACCAGAUUCAAAACUUUGGCCAGAUUUGACAAAAAGAGCGAUAGUGAUCUCACCGAGUAUUAUAUGGCUUUUAGAGCAAUGUGUAAAAGAGCAUGUAGCGCAAAGAUGAGCGAGGAAGAAGGUUCUGCAGAUAUGCCGAUCGAACUUUUGAGUUCAAAUAAAGCCAGGCAUAUUUUGGAUCGCAUAGACUUGCUGAGCAAAAUCAGAGAGGAAAUGCUGUCGCAUCCUCAAUUAGAAGAACAUUUGUCUUUGUGCCAGCCGUCGGGUGAUACUCCAGACUGGUGGAUACCAGGACGACACGAUAAAGAACUUUUACUUGGGGCAGCUAAACAUGGACUCGGACGCACCGACAUCACCAUACUCAAUGAUCCGGAUUUUUCAUUUCAUAAAAUGUUGAGUAGAAGCUUGAACCGAGAGAGUCUCGAUCGCUCAGACAAAGCUAUUAAAAUUGAAAACAGAGAGGAUAUUUUAAAAUUCGAUAAAGAUGAAAUUUUGGUGAAACUAGAAAAGGGUGAAGGAACAUUAAAAAUUGAAAAAGUUAGCAUCAAGAAAGACUCUCCGCACACCUCGGAUAAAAAAGGAGAAACUGGAAAGAGCCAAGUUGAACUCACCAUUAUAAAAUCUGAAAAUAAACCCGAAGAAAAACAGAUCACUGCUGGCGGUUUAACCAUCACUACUAUAACUAAGCCUUUGCCUAUUGACAAAGAAGUUGACCAUGAAAAACCGGAAAAAUAUGAAAAAUCUAAAUUAACUGCUGAGUGCGAAAAUGUGAAGCUAGAUCGUGCGGAUAAAUUGGAAACCAAAGCGACUGAUAUUGAAUCCAUGGAAAAAGAUGAAAGUGAUGUAUCCACCGACAAGAACGAGGACGAAACGAAGAAAAUGGAAGUCGAUAGAGAUGAAAGCAAAGAAGGAAAUUUGAUAGAUGAAUCUAAAGAACUGGCAUCAGAAACCCAUGAGGAUAAAGCGGUGGAAAACUCGGAAGAAAAUAGUGAAACUACUAGCAAAGCAGAAAAAACAGAUGUUGAAAAGAGUAGUAAUGAAGAAACAUCUACUGAAGAAGAUAAACGGCAAGACAGGAAUGAAAAAAUGGAUAUGUCUAUUGAUAAAAUUACUAUAAUCGAUGAGAAAAUUGACGAUAGCGAAGCUAAAGUCAAUGAUGCUAAGACUGAAGAAAUGAAAAAGAUUGACGACGACAAUAAAAUUGCAGAAACCCAUAAGAUUGCUGAUGUCACUGAUGAAAACGAUGCAAAAAAGAAGCCAGAUACAACGGACAUAGAAAAAGAAGUAUUAGAAAAUAAAUCGGAUAACAAAACUGAAAAGGAAGAGAUUGAAAAAAAGACCAAAGAUGACAAAGUGAAAGAGUCACUUGAAGUGGAAAAAAAUAAGGAAAAGGAAGCGGAAAAUGAAAUGGAAAAAGAAAAACAAGUGGAAAAAGAAAAGGAAGUAGAAAAGGAAAAGCCGAAGCCUCUUCAACUUAAAGAUGACAAAUUAUCAAUCACGAAAAUUGAAGACAAAUGUAGCAUGCAAGCAGCAGAACUGAAGGCAAUGUUUCCAGAUUUGGAGGUAAUUCAGCCGCUAUCACGAUUAACUCAGAUUGAUACAUUCGUGCUUCGAGACAGCAAGGAACCCACCGUUGCUCAACUCUUGGGACACACCCACAAGUCAUCAAUUAAAUGGCCAAAGGAACAUGCUAUUGAAGCUCGUUUGAUGCACAUCGUACAUGCUAUUGAGCAUAAAGAAUGGCCUGUUUCCAUAAACUUUACUGCUGGUGACGAAAUUGAAAUCAUAGAAAAAGACAGAUCUGAAAUCAUAACAAUCACUACGGAUCACGGGAUCCCACGUCCAAUCACUGCAAAUAUUGGAGGUAGCAGCGGUAAUAGUAUAACCAUUAGUAAUAUUGGCAGCAGUGGCUCUCAUGGUAGCAACAUCAACAUUGGUAGUAAUAUAAGUGGUAGUAAUUCAUCCGCCUUGAAGAAACGUAAAAGGCAUAUUGCCAUUGACGUUGAAACGGAACGCGCUAAACUUCAUGCAUUGCUGAAUAGUAGUCAUCUGGCAUCUCAACCACCUUCUCAGUUAAGCAAGCCAGUUUUGUCUAGUGGAAGUUGGGAUAUUAAUGAUGAUUUGGAAGAUACAAGACGUUCAACCCAACCACCACCAGCUCAUCAGCAAACUAGAGCUCCCGCCAUACCAUUUGACUUAAAAUAUACUAUACCUGGCAAACCCACGAUUAUUCCAGGCACAUCUAGCACUUUAACGCCUAUAGAUUUAUCAUCUGGGUAUUCAUCUAAGCCAUCCACUGAUAAUUCUAACAAAGAUAUUAUGAAUGAGGUACAAGACUUCUCUAUGCCAAGUAAGAUUAAACAAAUUAGUAGUAACAAGGGAAAAUUGGAUAGUAUGUUAGAAAAAUUUGUAAAGAAAAGGAAUAUUACCGUGGAAGAGCCACCAGUAGGUAAAGAGAAGAAGCGAAGAAAGCUAGACGAAAUCGUGCAAGGUUUGCAGCGAGAAAAAGAGCAACAGAGCACUCAUUAUCCGGAACACAGUAAGAAGGGUACUAUAACGCCAAAUGUAACUGUAACUCCAACUUCGGCCCCAGUUGGCCUUCCCAAUCCACCUUCAUCGUCGCAGAAACCGUUCUCGAUCACUGUUACCUCGAUACCAUCUUCGAGAUCAUCUGGCAGCUCUGUGAGUCAAUUGCCACCACCAUCGUCACAUUCGCACAAAGACAGCUUUUCAGCUUUAUUAGCUCAGGCCGAACAACAGAAUAGGGAACUUUUAAAGAAACAACAACAGCAGCAGCAACAACAGCAGCAACAACAACAGCAACAAAUGCUCAAUGUAGCUCAUGCCUCCUCUUCUUCGAGCCAUAGAAAGAGUUAUGAAUCUAUGAUUGCCGAAAUCAACAAAGUAGCCGAAUAUUCCUCGAAAGUUGGAGCUUACUCUCACGAAGCCAAAGUUAACAAAUGGUUAGCCGAACAAACAGCAAUGUCGGAGCAAUUCAAUGCUGAAUAUCUAAAUGCAGCUAGAAGACGAAGACCUCGCGUUGAUCCAACUCUUCUUGAUUGGAAAAAGCUUACUGGCGAGGAAAAUGUGGCUGUGAUAAACAGGCUUACUGGCAAAAAGGUGACUGGAAGCAAAGCUCCACAAUUGAAGCGACUUGGACAAUGGUUAAUGGAAAAUCCCAUGUACGAUGUAGAUCCUAAGUGGGCCGAACUAGUGAAAGAACGUGGCAAUUUGCCACAUGAUUUACAAAAGCGAUUGCCAGGGCAAGAGAGACAACGACAAGACAAGGGCAAGAGCCCCGGUAGGCCGCCAAUGAUGCCAAGUCCAAACAGUCAGCAAUCGAGUGUCAGUCAGGCGAAUUUGGCAGCCACCUCGAUGGCGUCGGGCCUCAACUUUCCCGGACUGGGCAAUUUAAACAACUCGCUGCUGUCGAGUCUCUCGUUAGGCAAUUUCGAUCCAAAAAAUCCAUUACUCAUGCCCUUUGGUGGUUUGCCUAAUCUCGGCGCUCUCGGUGGACUGGGCAACUUGGGUAACCUUGGCAACAUGAAUCUGACAAAUUCGUUGUUUGCCAACUUGGCAGGAUUAGGUCUGCCUGGAUUGACCGGAAUGGAGGGUCUAACAAGUGGUGCCGGCGGUCCCACGACCACCAGUCAAGCAGAAACAAAUGUGGUGAGUUCGGCUAGCGCCCGAGGCACUAACUCGACAAGCAUAGCAAGUACAAGCAAGUCACGCACAAAGAUGGACACCCCGAUGACGAGCAAGUCGUCGGCUCCGUCUACGUCUACGUCCUCGUCGCUACCGACGACGACGCCCUUCCCCUUCUUCUUCCCAAACCCCAGUCUACUUUACACACCCCUUGGCCUCGGCGGUCUCAAUCCUUUCUCUAUGCAACCCGGUGGCGUCUCCUCCGCAUAUGAGAGUCUCGCCCAAUGCGGUCUCUUGCCUCCAACCUCCACCGCUUUGUCCUCACGCAAGUCCACGUCGGUUUCGUCUAGCUCGAGGCACGCCGGUGCCAGUAACCGAGAAGAGGUAUCUAUCAAGCGCAGUAAGGACGCGCAGCUUGAAAAAAAGCCUAGCAGCAGUAGAUAUCCACCGCUCGACCCAACUUUGAGCUUGCAGCAGUAUACGGACGCCGCCCUCCACGCGGCGGCUUCGGCGGCCGCCUCCGAGGAACGUCGACGCUCCUCGAGCUCCGCUGCUCUGGAUAGGAAGCCCCAUACGGAAACAAUCGAACUAGGUGAUAUUGCCGAUCUUUCCGCACGCAUUGAGCGCAAAACCAAGGAACAAGAAAUGAAGGAAGCUCUCGAGCAGCUUAGCAAAACCAGUGCUGAACUGUUCACUAGGAAUCUUGAAAGCUUGCAGCAAGUUUCGGGUAAGAGAAGCUCGCUAGAAGUCAGCCUCGAGCCCAUUGUCAAGAAGCCACGAGUAGAUUUGAAAGAUUACGGUAGAGACUUUGACAGUACCGUUAUUUCUUUGACUUCGGCGGCUUCCACUCGCGAUGGUAGCAAUUUACCUCCACCGCCUGGGAGACCUCCUUCGCGUCCACCGUCCCGGCCUCCAUCGUCACAUCGAGAAACCAUGAGCAAUCCUGCAUCUAUUUUACCGAAAAUCGCUGCAACGAUCGAGCCUAUAUCCGAAGUGGAAGCGAGGUCGGUCCCACAAAGCCCCACGCAAUCGGGUGCUGCUCACAUUUCGGUCUCACCAGCGCUCUCCGGUUCGACGGCUCACUCUAUGAGGUCACCGGCCAUUUCUCCAGCUCCGUCGACGGCGUCGCCGUCCAAACAACAGACACCCGAGCCCAGCCCUUCCCACAACACCUCGGGCAGUAGUAACAAGGAAUCAUCAGACUCGAUCCCAUCGUUUGACGAGACAUCUUUGGCGCAAGCCAGCACUACUAAGGUGACCGAUGGUUUGAGCAAGGCUUCGAGUACCGAGUUGACCGAAUCCUCUGUUGACGAUGGCAAGGGAAUGAAAAGUAAAAAAGCCAGAAACACUAAGCGAUUAGUCACCGAACCACCAGUUGAACGAAAAAACUUGCGCUCCAGCGCUGGCAGACAGGCUCGAGCAGCCGCCGAGAGACAGGAGCGAGAGCAAGCUGAGCAGCAGCUACAACAGCAACAGCAGCAAGAGAGCCAUGGCUCCAACGAAUAAAUACGAUGAGUGCUUGAAUCAGAACUUUUUUAGUCUGAUUUCCGUUACUAAUAACCGAGUUUUGAAACAGUGAUUCAUCGAAGACAUUGAGUUUUUGACAAAAAAGAAAUGCGUGAACAAGUGAUUUUUAACCUUUGGUAUGAGACAAACUAAGGCUAAUAUAGUGAAUUUAUUUAAAAUGAGAAAUUUGAUAAACGAUAGAAUACUGAGUGAAAAUACGCGUGAUAAACCACAUCCAAGGGCGGGCAAUAGUAUUUUGUGAUGUAAUCCUUUAUGUGGUAAUUUUAAUUUCAUAAUGUUAUUAUGACGAGAUAUAAUUUUGUUAAAUUUCUUAUACUUUUUGAUCGUAUUGGUUUUCACCAGGGACUGUUUUGUAUAACUGCUGCUAUAUACAUUAAAUACUAUACGCAUAAUAGUGUAAUCAUACUAUGAAAACGUAAAUUAGACGUAACUUGUUAAACGAAAAUGUAAAUAUGAUAUAAUUCGUCUAGGUAUUAUAAGUGAAAACGUGUACUUGGAAAAUGUAUAUAAUGCAGUGUACUUUUAAUUAUACAUUAGGUGAGAUAAUAAACGGCUUUUUUUGUUGUUUGCAGAAAUGAAUUUCAUUUAAAUCAACGAAUUAAUGUUUAUUAAAUCAAAAAUUUUAUUUCAGUCGUCA